UCGGGUCCGCGCGCUUCCUUGUUCUGCAGUUUCCGCGUCGUCGUUGUCGCCGCCUGCGCCUCCGCUCCGGUCUGUGGUGCAGCCGGGACCCAGAAUAAUGUCGCUGUCACGCUCGGAGGAGAUGCACCGGCUUACAGAAAAUGUCUACAAGACCAUCAUGGAGCAGUUUAACCCCAGCCUGCGCAACUUCAUCGCCAUGGGGAAGAACUACGAGAAAGCUCUGGCAGGUGUGACCUUCGCUGCCAAAGGCUAUUUCGAUGCCCUGGUGAAGAUGGGAGAGCUGGCCAGCGAGAGUCAGGGCUCCAAGGAACUUGGAGAUGUCCUCUUCCAGAUGGCUGAAGUCCACAGGCAGAUCCAGAACCAGCUGGAAGAGAUGCUGAAGUCUUUCCACAACGAGCUGCUCACGCAGCUGGAGCAGAAGGUGGAGCUGGACUCCAGGUACCUGAGCGCGGCACUGAAGAAAUACCAGACGGAGCAGAGGGGCAAGGGGGACGCCCUGGACAAGUGUCAGGCUGAGUUGAAGAAGCUCCGCAAGAAGAGCCAGGGGAGCAAGAAUCCACAGAAAUACUCAGACAAGGAGCUGCAGUACAUCGACGCCAUCAGCAGCAAGCAGGGCGAGCUGGAGAACUACGUGUCUGAUGGCUACAAGACGGCGCUCACAGAGGAGCGGAGGAGGUUCUGUUUCCUGGUGGAGAAGCAGUGUGCCGUGGCCAAGAACUCUGCCGCCUACCACUCCAAGGGCAAGGACCUGUUGGCCCAGAAGCUGCCGCUGUGGCAGCAGGCCUGUGCUGACCCCAACAAGAUCCCAGACCGUGCCGUCCAGCUGAUGCAGCAGAUGGCUAGCAGCAACGGCUCCAUCCUCCCCAGCGCCCUGUCAGCCUCCAAGUCUAACCUGGUCAUCUCGGACCCCAUUCCUGGGGCCAAGCCCCUGCCGGUGCCCCCUGAACUGGCCCCAUUUGUGGGGCGGAUGUCUGCCCAGGAGAAUGCACCCAUCAUGAAUGGUGUCACAGGCCCAGACAGCGAGGACUAYAGCCCCUGGGCUGACCGCAAGGCUGCUCAGGCCAAGCCCCUGUCUCCCCCACAGUCGCAGAGCAAGCUCAGCGACUCCUACUCCAACACACUCCCCGUGCGCAAGAGYGUGGCCCCGAAGAACAGCUACGCCACCACUGAGAACAAGACUCUCCCACGCUCCAGCUCCAUGGCAGCCGGCCUGGAGCGCAAUGGCCGCAUGCGGGUUAAAGCCAUCUUCUCCCAUGCGGCUGGGGACAACAGCACACUGCUGAGCUUCAAGGAGGGCGAUCUCAUCACCCUGCUGGUGCCUGAGGCCCGUGACGGCUGGCACUACGGCGAGAGUGAGAAGACCAAGAUGCGGGGCUGGUUUCCCUUUUCUUACACCCGGGUCCUGGACAGUGACGGCAGUGACAGGUUGCACAUGAGCCUCCAGCAGGGCAAGAGCAGCAGCACUGGCAAUCUCCUGGACAAGGACGACCUGGCCCUCCCGCCCCCUGACUACGGCACGUCCUCCCGGGCCUUCCCCACCCAGACAGCUGGCACCUUCAAGCAGAGACCCUACAGCGUGGCUGUGCCUGCCUUCUCCCAGGGUCUGGAGGACUACGGGGCGCGGUCCAUGAGCAGUGGCAGUGGCACGCUGGUGUCCACAGUGUGAGGACGCUGACCACGGGCAGCUGCUCUGAAGAGCCCCCGCCUCCACCGGUUCCCUCCUCCGCUCUCGUCGGUUUGUUCUUGGGUUGUUUUUUUCCCACCUGCCCCCGCCUUUUGGUUGGUGACCCCCGACUCUGCGAUCCCCCAGGGUCCAUGGUGCUGCUCCCUGCGCCCCCGCGCUCACACCCCCACCUGUGUGUCCCCAGCCUCAAGCAGAGACUGCCAGGCGGGGCCUGCCGGCCGGGCAGCAGUGUAGUGUCCUCGCCCGCUGCCUGGCCCUGCGGUGUCUGCGACGCACACCCCUUUGUGAAGCUCGCCACGGGCCAGGUCUAGAGCUCAGAGAAAAAGAAAAACCUUAAAAAAAAGAAAAAAAAGAAAAAAGAAAAACAGGAAAAAGGACUUUUUUUUUCCUGAAAAAAAAGAUCUGCAUGGCCUCGGUGUCCGCACUGUUACUGUGCACCUGCCCCGGCGCCCUGGGUCUCCCAGCACAGACUCCGGGCCCAGAGGCUCCGCCCUGAGGCCCAGCCCACCCAGCCCCCUCCAAGGACCACACCAAGAAAGGGGGCUCAUGCUGAGCUCAGGGGGGCCUCCCGAGGAAGCUGGCCACUCCUGUGAGGGAGGCCACAACCCCAGGCCCUGCCCUGCUAGGCCACCAGACCAGGCAGGGGCCUCUUUCCUUGGUGGRCACUGCUGGACAGGAGUACACAGAGCAGUGUGUGGCGUCUCAGUAGUGGGGUGGUGUUGCCCCCGCAGUGCACUGGCAGGAGCAGGGGCCAGAGCAGGCGCUCCUGGCCGCACGUGGACAUUCCAAAGACCUCCAGAGACCACCCCUCCCUGUUUUUUGGAAGCCAUUUCCUUAACCAGCCUGCGAGGGCGUCGCAGCUCCCUGUGGCCCCUGGACUGCGGGGGCAGGGUAUGCGCAGCUGGUCUGGCAAGGCCACCCCAAGGGGCUCUGGGCAGGCGCUUCGCGCCUCCCACCGUGGAGAGCAGGCAGCCUCUGCCCUGGUUCCUCCUAAACACUCUCGUCUCUCUGUGUGUCUUGGUGACCUUAGAAGCAAGCACACUGGACUCAGUGGCUACUGGUUUUGUCUCUUCACACACUGAAUUCUGAGUGGCUGAGCCAAGGUGCAGCUGGCUGGGCCCUGUGGCCGCUGGGAGCCUUCACGAAGCUGCAGACAGGCCUGUCGGAGGUGUUUAGCCAGAGCCUCCGCACACUGCCGGGGACUGGGACGCGGCUGUGGUGUCUGCAAGCCGCAUCUGCAGGCACAGGCAGCCCAGGAUGCUAAAGGGAGCACAGCCAGAACCUGGACUGUGUGAAGAACCUUCCGUGUCCCAUUUUGCUAAAAGAUUUCAAAUCCAGGGGAUUCCAUGCGCAAUGGAUGAAUGUAGACACAACACACAAAACCUGUAUGAAGAUGUAAAGUGCUGGAGAUAUUUUUCCUUUCUCCUUUCCUUUUUUUUUUUUUUUUUUUAAUCUGAGUUGUGCCCUGUACUGCAGUUCACUGUUUGAAUAAAAGUUUUAUUUAUUGCA